AUGGAGCAUGAUCGACCGAAGCUCUACAAACGUAGGGAAGUACUUCUAGGCAUUACCGGGCAAGACUUCGUCCUCAUUGCGGCGUCCAAAGCCGCCAUGCGCGGCGUAACCGUCCUAAAAGAGGAAGACGACAAGACCCGCACUUUAAACCCGCAUACAUUGAUGGCGUUUUCUGGAGAAGCCGGGGAUACUGUCCAGUUUGCGGAAUAUAUCCAGGCGAACGUUCAGCUAUAUGGAAUGAGGAAUAACUCGAAAUGGCAGCUUUCGCCGAGUGCCGUCGCAAGCUUUGUUCGGAGAGAGUUGGCGAAGAGUCUAAGGAGUAGGAAACCUUACUACGUGAACCUUCUUAUCGGCGGCUUUGACACAAACACCAACGAGCCUCAUCUUUACUGGCUGGAUUACUUGGCGGCGUCAGCACGCACACCCUAUUCAGCGCAUGGAUAUGCACAGUACUACUGUCUUUCCAUUCUUGACAAGCACCACAAUCCGAACAUUACGCUCGAGGAAGGACAGAAGCUGUUGAGAAUGUGUCACGAAGAGCUGGUCAAGAGAUUGCCGAUAGAUUACAAGGGAUUGCUGGUUAAGGUCAUAAGGGCUGAUGGCAUAACAGAGCUCGAGCUUUAA